AACAUACGGCAACAUUAAAAGUGGAAUGUGUAUGUCAAAGUAAAUUUAACUUUCGCGCUGUCAUCUCGAAUUUAUAAAACAUAUGAGAUAAGACGUAACUUCAAAAAGUGUGUGUAGAAUAUUUCGUGUCGUUCAAUUAAAAGUUUUAUAUUAUAAAAAUGUUAACACGUCUCUUGCGCCAUCGUGGCGUAGUCCGUAAGUUUUCAACUCUUACUCCGUAUGAGAGUUAUGCUGCCCGCCAGGUUUUAAUAAAUAAAACAAAAGUGAUACCAAAUCGUUUCGCCGGCGCAGCAGCACAAAUUUACGCUAGAAACUAUGCCUCUAAAAAAGACGAUGAUGAUGAAAUAACCGUGCACGAGGUCGAAGAAUAUCAACCUAAAGACCCACAGUUACCCGCAACAGUAGCAGUACCAGAUGUUUGGCCACAUUUGCCAAUUUUAUUAACUAGACGUAAUCCUGUGUUUCCAAGAUUUAUGAAAAUUAUGGAAGUCACGCAUCCAAUGCUAGUUGAUUUAAUACGCCGUAAGGUCAAACUAAGCCAACCCUACGUUGGUGUAUUUUUAAAAAAGGAUAGUGAAAACGAAAGUGAAACAAUUAAUAAACUGGACGAUGUCUACAGCGUUGGUACCUUUGCACAAAUUCAAGAAAUUCAGGACUUAGGUGAUAAAAUACGUAUGGUUGUAGUCGCGCAUAGACGUAUAAAAAUUACUGGCCAACUAAUUGAAGAUUUUCCCACUCCUAAACCAACUGAAGACAAAACGUCUGAAAUUGAAAAACGAAAGGCAGGACGUAAAAGUAGACUCAGUCGAGCACGAAAUGAAAAAGGUGAUGCCGCUAAAGCUAGUGAUUCAAAAACAGAUCCAACUACUACAACGUCCAAAACUGAAACUACUAAACCUCCGACUGCUGCUACUACACCGCCAGCACCAACUAAGCCACCAGCACCAACAACGCCUCCUGCACAACCCUCAGCACCAGAACAGAAGACAACAUCGACUUCGGCUGCUGAUAAGAAAAAAGAUGAAAGUUCUGCAGCUGGUGCACAGAAACCAGUGGCACAACCUGUGCCACCUGUACUAAUGGUUGAAGUUGUUAAUGUUACUCAUGACGCGUACAAACCCACAGAAGAAGUAAAGGCUUUAACUCAAGAAAUUAUUAAAACGAUUCGGGAUAUUAUAACUAUGAAUCCACUUUAUAGAGAAAGUUUGCAACAAAUGCUACAUCAAAAUCAACGAGUUGUUGAUAACCCAGUGUAUUUAUGUGAUUUAGGAGCAUCAUUAUCUGCUGGUGAACCAGAGGAGCUACAGUUAAUAAUGGAAGAAAUGGAUAUUCCUAAAAGAUUGAUGCUAGCCUUGGGUCUUCUGAAAAAGGAAUUAGAAUUAUCUAAAUUGCAAAUUAAAAUUGGCCGUGAAGUAGAAGAAAAGGUAAAACAACAGCAUCGUAAAUAUAUUUUACAAGAACAACUUAAAGUUAUAAAAAAAGAGCUUGGAAUUGAAAAAGAUGAUAAAGAUGCAAUCGGUGAAAAAUAUCGUGAGAAAUUGAAAGACAAAAAAAUUCCAGAAAAUGUUAUGAGUGUAAUCGAAGAAGAAUUAACUAAGCUAAAUUUCCUAGAAAGUCACAGUUCUGAGUUUAAUGUAACGCGUAAUUAUUUGGAUUGGUUAACAUCGCUGCCUUGGGGUGUCACAAGUGUAGAGAAUUUAAGCCUGGAUGAAGCUUCAAAGAUACUUGAUGCCGAUCAUUAUGGUAUGGAAGACAUUAAAAAACGCAUAUUGGAGUUUAUUGCUGUAAGUCAUUUGAAAGGUGGUACACAAGGUAAAAUAUUAUGCUUCCAUGGGCCUCCCGGUGUUGAUUUAACAUAA